GGUUGCAGAGAAUCUUUAUCCAUGCCCUGCAUCACUGCGUUGUGAGCAGAGAGGACACAGCAGAGUGACCCAGCGAGGUGACAAGCAGAGCCCAGAGGAGAGGCACAGAGAUCCCACUGACUGGAGAUGAGCAUGUCGUCUCUCUUCUUCUCCCUUUCCGUCUCCUUACUCCUUUUCUCACUCACAAGUGGGUCCCGAGACAGAUGCCUACCGGGCAGGACACCUAAUCUGCUCCCCAGGGCAGAGGCAAAAUUGCUAGAGUGCCAGCAGUACUCAGAAAAAGCCUGUUGCACCCAAGAGCAGAUAAGUGCCCACCCAAUCACAAACUUCCCAUGGGGUCUCUGUGGGUCACUCAGUCCCAGCUGCCAGAAGUACGUGAGCCAGGUCCAGUGCCUGUAUCUGUGCUCCCCCCACAUCUCUGCCUAUUGGAAUCCGGACUCAGACACUGGCAUCUAUAACCUGCCUUUGUGCAGUGGUUUCUGCGACCAAUGGUUCGAGGCUUGUAAGGAUGAUUUAAUAUGCACGCUGACUAACGAGACCAUCCCAAGAUGCGCAGAUGCAUGUGUUCCCUACAAACAGAUGUUUAAGGCUGGAGGCAAAGACCUGUGCAAUGGCAUCUGGGGCGACUCUCUGGUAGCAUCGCCACAGGACUGCAGCUGCGUCAGUCCCGCAGGAGAGGGAGAGAAGCACGGGAACUCCCACGAAAGAACUCCCGGCCUCCCCUGCCCCAAAAAGCCACGCGGAACCCUGAUCAAGAGGCGCGCCAGGAGGGACACUAGCGGCGAUGCUCUGGCACUGCAGGACGCACAGGGAAGCGGCAGUGGAUUCUAAGGGAGAGGAAAGCUGGGAAGGCUCCGUUUUGCAAUGUCCCUUUGGUUAUACCCAGUACAUUCAUGGUUCCCAGUGCACCUCUAAUGCUUAGGCACCACUAGUUUAUGCUCUUCCAACUAGAAUCUCAUUGGGAUUUCCCAGCAAGCACAAGCUAUCCCAGCACAUAAACACAAGCCAAUCUUAAGCAAUGGCCGCCUUAAAGAGAGCCUGCAAAAAUUAUUGGUCCCCCCUUCUAAACACUGAUUUCUAUUCAUUUCAAACCCCCUGCUUCAUUAGAACUAUUCUUUUAUGGGUUUUUUUUUUUCUUUUUUUAAUAUGCUCUUUAAAAGCCCUGGCCGCCCAACCUUUGAUUCAUAACUUACUCCGUGUGGAUGAUGAGCCCACGCUAAGUGGGAUGCACAAUGGUUAAAGACUCGCUGUACCAGGCAGUGACAAUAAAAAUGUUUGUUAAACAACUCCAA